AAGGAGUCAUAAUGAAAUUUCUCAACAACUCAUAUUUCAUAUUAAAUUUCAUUAUAACAAUAAUAACGACGCUUAAAGAUAUUCGUGCCACAAAAAUUGCAGAAAAUACUGAAAAUUGUGUAAAUGAUUUAUAUUUGCAACGUAUUAAAGCCAACUUAAAUACGACAACAAAUCCCUGUGAAGACUUCUACGAGUACACAUGCGGUAAUUGGCACAGAAACUAUAAUGGCACGGAAUAUAUCGAUAUGCCCGGUUACAUGGAUUACACUGUCAAUCAGCAAUUUGCCACAAUAAUAAAGAGUGUAAUGAAUAAAACUCAAGUGUAUGGCCCACUAUUGGAUGUCUAUGAUGCGUGUGUGAAUUUAGAGUCAUUGCCGUUGAAUCGUUUCUUGACAAUGAUCCAGGAAGAGCUGUAUAUGAAAUGGCCAUUAUUUAGUCUGAACGAGACCCAGUGGAAAAAUCAAACAGAGUUUGAUUGGCUUACCACCAUUGCCACUUUGAGGAAAUAUGGUUUUAAUGGUGUUUUUGUUACACAAAAUAUCAAUGUCUUGCCCACCAAUGGCUCCCAUUAUGUGCUGGAAAUCACACAACAUUCAGGCGGCAGCGUAUUCGAGUUUGAGGAGGUGGAGGAAAUAUUUUUAAAUUUUGGUUUCUAUCACAAUGAAAGUCAGUUGCUGACCAGUGAAGUGAUGAAAUUGGAAAAGGCUGUGGCCAAACUGGCCCAGGUUAAAUAUGUGAAUGAAACGGAAGAGCGCAAGUAUAGUGAUAAUUUUAAGUUGUAUACCUUGGAAAAGUUUCAACAAUUAAUACCCCAGGUAGAUUGGCAUAAAUAUUUAUCCAUUAUUCUCAAUCGUUCGGAUAGUUUAAGUGAAUUGCCUGUGCAAACUUUUGCCUUGGAUACUGAGUUUUUCCAAAAUCUCAAUGAGCUCUUUGAUACAACUUCUAAUGAAACCAUAGCCUAUUACAUAAUGCUGAAAUUCAUGCUGUAUAUUAAUACUAAUCUGCCGCGAAAUCGUCCCAAAGAUUGUAUUAAAUACUUAAGAUCGUAUAUGCCCGUUUAUAUGAAUUUUCUUUAUGAAGAUUUUAUAUUUAAAAGCAAACGCUUUGAAAUGGAAUUGGCUUUACAGAAAAUAUUUGAAAAUCUAAAAUUAGAAUUUGUAGAAAUGGUGCAUGAAAAUCACUUGAAAUUAGAUGAGGAAGAACAAAAUUUUAUUACAAAGGAACUGCAAACCAUGCAAUUGAAAAUUGGCAAUUUGCCGGUUAAUUGUACAGAGAAAUUUGUAGCUAAUUACUAUGAAAAUUUACUCACAAACUACACAGAUUUCUUUUUUAAUCACAUGGAAUUGCUGAAAUUUUUCAUUCAACAAGAAUACGAAAAACUCCAUAAUAUUUAUGUACCUUUUGAGCAAAAAAUAUUCGAUUUGGAUCCGGCCACAUUUUCCUCCUCCUCGCCCGUAAAAAUAUUCGAUAAUGCCAUUUUAAUACCUUACGGUUACUUGCAAAUGCCUCUGUUCGAUGCCCAUCUACAUGAACUCUAUCAAUAUUCUCAUUUCGGCUUCAUUUUAGCCCAUGAAAUAAUACAUGCCUACGAUCUCUUUCAUAUAAUCUACGAUCAUCAGGGCAACUACAAUUGGCUGGGCUCUCGUGUGGCCUCUCAUUAUUUCCCCUACAUACAGUGUUAUGCCCAUAGCCCCAGUGAUAUUUUAUCGGAGAACAUAGCCGAUAUAUCGGGUUUACGUUUGGCCUAUCGCACUUACCAGAAGUUGCUGAAAGAUUUUGCAGACUUUAAUUUGGACUUUAUGAAUCUCAGCAAAGAACAGUUUUUCUUUGUCAAUUCAGUGCAAUUUCUAUGUGCCAAUGUAAGUAAGAUUUCCAAUUUAGAUUUGGUUGCCUUGGACUUGAGUCAUGAUAUGCAUGAUACACGUGUACGUCGUAACUGGGGGAAUUAUGAGGAGUUUGGUCGUGUUUUCGAGUGUGAAAAGAAUUCGAGUAUGUAUCCAGCGGAAACGUGUCGCUUGUGGUGAUUUGCUGGUAUGCAGCAUGAAGACUUUAGCUUUAAGUUUUUAUUAUUUUUAAUUUUAAGAUAAUUUAAGAAGAAUAAUUUUAUUAAAGAGAGUUUUUAAUGAAAAUAAAUACUUUUAAAAUCAACUA